AUGACCUGUAGGACAUCCAGCCCUCCUCACACCAGGACUCAGUACCGCCACUUCAUCUACCGCUACAUCUGCCACUACACCUGCUGCUACUACCCAUACACAUACUGCUACACCUACCACUACACCUACAGCUUCAUCUACCGCUACACCUACAGCUUCAUCUACCGCUACACCUACUGCUUCAUCCACCGCUACACCUACAGCUUCAUCUACCGAUACACCUACAGCUUCAUCUACCACUACACCUACAGCUUCAUCUACCGCUACACCUACUGCUUCAUCUACCGCUACAUCUACAGCUUCAUCUACCGCUACACCUGCCGCUACUACUGCUACACCUACCACUACACCUACAUCUUCAUCUACCGCUACACCUACCGCUUCAUCUACCGAUACAACUACAGCUUCAUCUACCGCUACACCUGUCGCUACUACCAAUACACCUACUGCUACACCUACCACUACACCUACAGCUUCAUCUACCGCUACACCUGCCGCUACUACCAAUACACCUACCACUACACCUACAUCUUCAUCUACCGCUACACCUACCGCUUCAUCUACCGAUACAACUACAGCUUCAUCUACCACUACACCUACAGCUUCAUCUACCGAUACACCUACAGCUUCAUCUACCACUACACCUACAGCUUCAUCUACCGCUACACCUACAGCUUCAUCUACCGCUACAUCUACAGCUUCAUCUACCGCUACACCUACCGCUACAUCUACAGCUUCAUCUACCUCUACACCUACAGCUUCAUCUACCGCUACACCUACAGCUUCAUCUACCGCUACACCUACUGCUUUAUCUACCGCUACACCUACAGCUUCAUCUACCGAUACACCUACAGCUUCAUCUACCACUACACCUACAGCUUCAUCUACCGCUACAUCUACAGCUUCAUCUACCACUACACCUACAGCUUCAUCUACCGCUACACCUACAGCUUCAUCCACCGCUACACCUACAGCUUUAUCUACCGCUACACCUACAGCUUCAUCUACCGAUACACCUACAGCUUCAUCUACCACUACACCUACAGCUUCAUCUACCGCUACAUCUACAGCUUCAUCUACCGCUACACCUGCCGCUACUACUGCUACACCUACCACUACACCUACAUCUUCAUCUACCGCUUCAUCUACCGAUACAACUACAGCUUCAUCUACCGCUACACCUGCCGCUACUACCAAUACACCUACUGCUACACCUACCACUACACCUACAGCUUCAUCUACCGCUACACCUACAACUUCAUCUACCGCUACACCUACCACUACACCUAUCGCUAG